AACCUGCGAUGAGAGUCUCUGGGGGAGAUUGGGGGCAGUCCGGGAUGCCUGCAGCCUCCCGGGGGUGAUCUGGGACUUCUGUGAACGGCCGGACCGGUGCUGAUCCCGGAGGAGAGGACGACAUGGCCAGUCCCGUGCAGACAGAUCUGUCGUAUGCAUGGGAGAAGUACAUGGACUGCAGGCUGCAGGGAGCGGAUCUACAGGUUAGCCUUCAGAGUCUGGAGAACUUCCUCUGUCUCUUCCACUAUGUGCAGCACCACCCGGGCCUCGGCAACAGAGAUGCUCUAAAAUUCUGCUCAGACAUGAGUGGAGCCAGUAACACACUGGCGAGGGAGUUCCUGACGGAUGUACACCAAUUAUGCAGUGCGGUGGCCCAGAGAGCGGAAGCACGGGAGGAGGAUGAGGAGGAGAGUCACAUGGUGGCACUGGGCGAGUACCUGGUCAGGGGGCGAGGCUUCCUGCUGCUCAGCACCCUGGACUCAAUUAUUGACCAGGAGCUGACCUGCCGGGAGGAGCUGCUCACUCUGCUGCUGUCUCUGCUCCCGCUGGUGUGGAAGAUUCCCGUGCAGGAAGAAAAAGCCCCAGAUUUCACCCUGCCGUCCCUACUCGAGGUAUUCCUAAGCCAGGAGGUGAAGGCCGUCCCUCUCAGAACAGGACAGAAAGCGGCCACAGAUGAACUGAACACUGGCAAGAGGGCCCGCGUCGGCAGCGGCACCUGGAAAUCACGGCGGUCGCGCCGGACGGCGCAGCGGUACUCUGUAAAAGAUGCUCGCAAGUCUCAGGUAUCUACCUCAGAUUCAGAAGCCAAUUCUGAAGACAAACCCGUGCUGGGCCCGGGUGGUGUAAGGAGCCGACGAUCCCACGGCUCCACCAUCCAGGUGAGCUGCCAGCAUCACCGUUCAGAGGCCUCGCACUUACCGACCAAUACCAGCGCCGCCACCGAAACCAUGAGUGCACCGUACCCCCACCCCCGCGCUCCCGGAGCCCAGAUGGCGGACGCCGAAACCCUGACGGAUCCAGCUGCAAUAUCAAUAUUCAAUCGCAUGGAAAACUCGCCCUUUGAUCUAUGCCAUGUGUUGCUGUCCCUGCUCGAGAAGGUGUGCAAGUUCGACAUGAGCAUCAACCACAACCCAGGUCUGGCGGUCAGCGUUGUACCGACGCUCACAGAGAUCCUGACAGAGUUUGGAGACUGCUGUGGUCCGGGAGGUGGCGGCGGAACAGGGGCGGAGGAGCUUGCCGGAGGCUGGACGGAGGAGCCGAUCGCGCUGGUCCAGAGGAUGCUGCUCCGCACCAUCUUGCACCUCAUGUCUGUGGAUGUGAGUCAGAACGACAGCAUACCGGACAGCCUGCGGCGGAGUUUGACCGACUUGCUGCGAGCCACUCUGAAAAUCCGAAGCUGCUUGGACAGGCAGAGCAACCCUUUUGCUCCGCGGCACAAGAAGACACUGCAAGAGGUCCAGGAUGAUUUCUCAUUCUCCCGUUACCGUCACCGAGCACUUCUGCUUCCGGAGCUUUUAGAGGGAGUACUGCAGGUUCUUCUGGGAUGCCUUCAAGCUUCCACACCCAACCCGUUUUUUUUCAGCCAAGCUCUGGAGCUCAUCCACGAGUUUGUCCAGCACCGUGGCCUGGAGCUCUUCGAGGCCACGGUGCUGCGACUGGAGGGACUCGGCCGGGCAAGAGACUCUGAAGUGGGAGGCGAGGCCUCAGAGAGGCUACGAGGUCUCAUCGCUGGCGUCUUUAAGAUGAUCAGUGCCGUGAAGAAGGCAAAGUCGGAGCAGCUGCAUCAGUCCGUAUGUGCCCGCCGCCGCCACCGUCGUUGCGAAUACUCCCACUUCCUCCAUCACCACAGAGACCUGUCGGGUUUGCCCGUCUCUGCUUUCAAGCAGGCCGCAAGACGCAACCCCUUCGAGGAGGACGGGGACGGUAAAGAUGGACUGGAGGGCGAUGCGGUGCACUACCCUGAGCGCUGCUGCUGCCUGGCAGCCUGCGCCCAUCAGUGUCUGCGGCUCUUGCAGCGUCUGUCCCCCAACGGGCCCGCCGUGUUGCAGGUGCUGGCCGGUGUGCAGGCUGUCGGGAUCUGCUGUUGUAUGGACCCUCGCUCGGUGGUAGGACCCCUGCUACAUGCCUUCCAGGCUCCAGGCCUGCGUAGCUACCAGUCUCAUGUACUCAGUGUGCUGGCCAGGCUGAUUUUAGACCAGCUGGGUGGGGGUCAGCCUUCAGAGAAGGCCAAGCUGGCCUCCUGUAACAUCUGCACUCUGGACAGCAGCCAGCUGCCCGGCCUGGAGGAGACUCUGCAGCAUGGAGAACAUUCAGCCAUCGCUACCAGCCUCUGUUACCGCUCCCAGGGUAUUCUGCCGAGCGGAGGGGGAGCCGAGGACAUGCUCUGGAAGUGGGACGCUCUGGAGGCUUACCAGGAGCUCGUGUUCGGUGAGGAAUGGCAGCUGAGCCAGCAGAUCGCUGGCCACGUGUGCCACCUGACCCUGAGGGGCAACGCUAUAGUGCAAUGGCAGCUCUACACACACAUCUUCAACCCCGUGCUGCAGAGAGGCGUCGAGCUGGCCCACCAUGCCCAGCAGCUGGGUGUCUCAACCGUCUGUACUCAGGUCUGCAGCUAUCACACGCAGUGCCUGCCCGUGGAGGUGCUCCUUGUUUACCUGCAAACAUUACCUGCGCUACUAAAAUCAAGGGUGAUCCGAGAUCUUUUCAUCAGUUGUAACGGACUCAACCAGGUGACGGAGCUGGUCUACCUGGACCAGACUCGCUCGUUAGCUCUGAAGGUGUUUGAGACUCUUAUCAUCGGGAUUGGACACCAGCAGACUGACGGGGUGCUUCUGGACCUGGAGGGUGCCGAUGUGGAGGAGAGAGAGGCUAUCCUUGGUCUGGCCGAUGAGCUGGGGUCCCGGGGGGGCGGGGAGGGUCCGCAGAGCCUCAGCAAGUUCUACGAGGGCCUGAGGGAGGCACAUCCCCGUCACAAGACCCGCGGCGGGCACGGCCGCGGGCCGGGACGCAGCCGGACCGAGACGCACCUCCACGUCAUCAACCUGUUCCUGUGCGUGGCGUUCCUCUGCGUCAGCAAAGAGGCCGAUUCCGACCGGGACUCCGCCAACGACUCUGAGGACACUUCCGGCUACGACAGCACGGCGAGCGAGCCUCUCGGCGGGCGGCUGCCGUACCUGUCCCCCGACAGCGUGGCUCUGCCCUCCAGAGAGCAGGUGCGGCGUGCCGCCGACGUUUGGUCGGUGUGCCGGUGGAUUUACCUCAGCAGCCCUUUGUUUCAGAGGCAGUUCUUCAGGCUGGGAGGACUGGAUGUCUGCCUGCGCCUCAUGACCAUGGUCAUCCAGAAACUCUCCUGUAAGACCAAGGACGGAAAAGCAAAGAAGAAGAGAGACGGUAAAGUGAGAAGCAGCCCCGAAUCCUCGGCUCCAGCCGCUGCGCUGGGACAGGAGGAGGCUGAAGGAAAGACUAAAGACCCAGCAAAGAGGCUGGAGGAGGAGUGGCAGCUGCAAAGUAUUCGUCUCCUGGAAGCCUUGCUGGCUAUUUGUCUGCACAGCGCCAACUCCGCCCUGCAGAGGAUCGAGCCCGAGCUUUCUUAUCAGCUGCAGACGGUGGAGGAGAUGCUGUUCGAGGUGAGAGACCAGCUCUCUCGCUCGGGAAUGGUGAACUCUGACCUUGCUGUCCCACUGUUCGACUCUCUGCUGAGAGUCGCCGUGGCCGAGGUGUCGUCCUGUCCCGACCCUCCCGAGGAGAAGCCUGACAGGAAGCUGCAGGUUCUGGUGGAGGGGGCGGCCCCAGCCGGCGAUCUCUCCGAGGAGGUGGACGAGGUGCAGAGCUGCGGCGUCAAGCCCCCGGGGGAGGAGGAGGGCUACGACGCCGACAGCGAGAGCAACCCCGAGGACAUGGCUAAGCAGGAAGAGGGUGUGAAGGUGGAGUCGGCGGCGGCGCGUGAGUUUGCGGCGGCGGCGGUGGCGGACGGGCCCGGGCGUGGCGUGCUCCUCUUCCCCGAGAUCUGCACCAUGGAGCUGCAGCUUCUUGCCUCCGGCUCGCCUGACCUGGAGGUUCUCAGUCACGUGUUGCACAGCCUGCUCGGCGCAGUGAACGCCAACCGCCGCAAUGCCGCCUUACUCUAUGAGCAGGGAGGAGUCAAAACUAUUCUGUCUGGCUUUCACAACAUCCUCAGUCAAACAGACCCCUCUUAUCCAGACUGCCAGACGGUGCUGGUGGAGCUGCUGGUUGCCAUGGUGAGCCAGCGGAUCACAGCGGAGGAACUGGCUCUAUUGAUUCGCCUCUUCCUGGAGAAGACCCCACCUACUGAAAUUUUGCUGAAGGGCAUCUUGCAAAUCGUGGAAGCCAACAUGUAUGUGGAGCCUCUUCAUUUCCUGACCUUUCCGGUAACGCUCGGGGCUUUGACGCCGGGGGGCCUGUCCCCCGGCUCCAGGCAAAACUGCACCGCCGGAGGCAAAAGCGUCGGUUUGCUGUGGAAGGGCAAACUGUCUCCCGCCCGGCGGGAGGGGGACGCCGAGUACCGACCCAGCCACCUGCGCUCUUCUCCCUGGCACAUGGCCCCCCUCCACCUGCCUUUAGUGGGACAGAACUGCUGGCCCCACAUGGCGAGCGGCUUCAGUGCCUCUAUGUGGCUCAGGGUGGCAGAGCAGGAGGAGAAGGAUGUGGACAGAGAAAAAGAAAAAAGUAACCUGCCUCCUGGCGAGUCGCACAACGGCUCAUCUCAGGCAACAACAAGAUUAGUAGAGGAAGGCCUCAUUCAUAUUCUGUCCAUGGGCUCCAAAGCACUGAUGCUUCAAGUGUGGGCAGACUUCUCCACAGGCGCUCUCACAUUCAGGAUUUGUAUAGACCCGAACGAUGAGAUAAAAGCCGGGCUGCUGGCGCAGGCCGACUCUGGCGAGGGAGUGCUCAGAGGAGGCCAGUGGCAGCACCUCAGCCUCACCUACAGCCAGCAGCCGGAAGGCAAGAAGAACAUCCACGGCCGCGUCGUCGUCUGGGUGUGCGGCAUCUGGAAAUGUGAGGUUUCGCUGGAUUACACUCUACCCAGGAAGUCUAGUUUGUCAUCUGACAGCAACAAAACCUUCUGCAUGCUGGGCCACUGCACGCCGUCGCCCGAGGAGCUGCUGAAGCAGGGCGGGCGCUGGAGCAUGGGCACUGUGCUCCUUUUUAAUGGGUCUCGAAUUGGAUCUGAGGAGGCCUUCUUCCUGUACGCCAGUGGGCCGGACCUCACCUCGAUCAUGCCCUGCAAGUACGGCAAGCCGAAUGCGAUCUUCUCCAAGUUUGUCACUCAGGAAGGUCUGAAGUGUGAACAUGUGAGAGAGAUCCUGAUGAAGAGCAAGGACGUAGAAACUACAAGUUUGGUUGAGAGCCUGGCGGUAGUUUACGCCCCCAGCAGUCCCAGAGUCUACACCAUCUAUGAGCCCGUCAUCCGACUGAAAGGCCAGGCCAAGACGGUGGUCACCCAGCGGCCCUUCAGCUCCAAAGAGGUGCAGAGUGUUUCCCUGGAGCCCGGCGCCCUCAGAGCCCUGUUGCCCACUGAGACCCUCGGCCUGCAGAGCGUCCUGCACAAAAUCGGAGGGACGGGAAAUUUUGUCUUCCUCUUCGCACAGACGGUGGAGCUCAGCGACUGUGAGCAGACUCAGGCUCUGGCCCUGCGUGUGCUUUUGUCUCUGUCCAAGUUCAACCAACACCGCAUCCAUGAGAUGGACUGUUACCAUGGUUACUCCAUGAUCCAUCAGGUCCUCAUCAAGUCCAAGUGCAUUGUGGGAUAUCAUAUGCUGAAAACCCUACUGGACGGGUGCUGCAGCGGUCCCCUGCUCGUUCUCGGGGAUGAUGGGCAGUUCCGCUUGGACACCGAGUCCAUCGCUGUGGUGCAGGACACCAGACUCCUCUCAGAUGUUCUGCUCGAUUGGAAAAUCUGGGCCAAGGCCGAGCGUGGGGUUUGGGAAACGCUGCUUGCUGCCUUGGAGAUCCUCAUCAGAGUUCACCACCCUCACCAGGUCUUCAACAUCCGUCAGUUCCUCAAGGCUGAAGUAUUGCAUCGCUUUCUUCUCACCUGCCAGGUGUUACAGGAGCAUCGGGACGAGCAUCUGACCGCCAUACCGCAGGAAGUGUGUUUAUCAUUCAUCAAAAUCAUCCAGGAGGUGCUGGGCUCACCUCCGGACAUGGACCUGCUGAAACUCAUCUAUAACUUCCUGCUGGCCGUUCACCCGCCGACCAACACCUACGUUUGUCACACUCCAUCCAGCUUCUACUUCUCGCUUCACAUCGAUGGGAAGCUGUACCAGGAGAAGGUUCAGUCCAUUAUGUACCUGAGACACUCCAACAGCGGAGGAAAGUCUGCCUGCAGCUCGGUGGUGUCGCUCUCCCCGACCGUCUUCAGCGACGCUGCUCAUGAAGGUCAUCUUCAUGCUCCGUCCCCUGAACACGGAGGUGACGAUCAGUCGUUGCGGCCUCCCAGCAUGGCUCCGUCCCCGUCCCCGUACUCCUCCCCUCUGCUGACGCCCCGACUCGGACACGGCCCCUCAAAGGAAGGGAGCGAUGGCGAUGGGGUGUGUCUGGCUACCCAGCAGGCUCUGGGGAGCACGGAGACUCUGAAGAAGGGCGGCGCCGACGAGCAGCUCCUGAGCAGCUGCGAGUCGGCCAAGACGAUCUGCGAGUCCAAGGACACGGGCGAGGCGGCGGCCCCGCGCACCCCGUCCAUCAGCGUGGAAGAGGAGCGGGACGACGCGGCGGAGGUGGACAGCUUGGCGGAGGGCAGCGUCGGGGUGGCGGAGUCCGAGGACAGGUUCGACUGGGCCAGCGACGAAGCGCCGCGCCGCCCCGACAGCCUGAAAGGCAUCCAGUCCUUCCAGAGGAGCCACAGCAACCUGGCCAGCCUGGGUCUGGCCUUCCCCGCCCCCAACGGCUCGCUGACCAUCGGCCGCUGGCCCAGCGCCGCCGACCGGGGCUCCGUGCCCGAAGACUGGGAGAGCUACACCUACUCUCCUGGCUACGAGAGAGCUCACAGCAAGGCCGAGUCCAAUGAAAGGUCCAGCACGGAGGACUGCCUGGUGCUGAUCUGCUGCGGACUCUACGACCUGUUGAGGGGGGUCCUGCUGCUGUUACCUGACCUCAUGCUGGAGGAAGUGAUGGACAAGCUGAUCCAGCCAGAGGCGCUCAUUGCUCUCGUCAAUCACUCGUCACCUCUCAUUCAGCAAGGAGUCAUGAAGCUCCUGGACGCCUAUUUCAGCCGGGCUGUGAAGGAGCAGAAGGAGAAGUUCCUGAAGAACCACGGCUUCUCGCUGCUCGCCAACCAGCUGUACAUCCACCAAGGCAGCCAGGGCCUCCUCGAGUGCUUCCUGGAGAUGCUGUUUGGACGACCGGUGGGCCUGGAGGAGGACCUGGACCUGGAGGAAAUGGAAAACAUCCCGGCUUUCAGAAAGCGCUGCAUCAUCCCAGUGCUGGGCCUUAUCGAGAACUCCCUGUACGAGAACUCCUUGGUGCACAACAUCCUGUGCAUGCUGCUGCAGCUCGUCAACGCCUGCCCCAAGCUGGCAGACAUCCUGCUGGACCACGGGCUGCUCUACGUGCUCUUCAACACCCUCUCCACCCUCAACGGCAUGGAGAACGGUAUUCCCCUGAAUGACUACAAGCUCCUGGUGUGUGACAUCCAGCAGAUGUUGGUCGCCGUGACGAUCCAUUCCUGCAGCUCCUCGGGGUCCCAGUACUUUCGCAUCAUCGAAGACCUCAUUACCUUGUUGGGUUUCAUGCAGACGAGUAAGAUGCGUCGCACGCAGGAGAUGGCCGUCGCCCUGCAGUUCCGUGUGCUCCAGUCCGCCAUCGAGUUCAUCAAGACGACGGCCAACCAGGAGCCUCAGAAGCUCAGCAGCUCCGUCAACGCCCCGAGCUCGCCGCACCACGCCAUCUACCAGAAGCGCAAGAGCAUCGCAGGUUCCAUUGCCAUGAAAGACUCCAUUAUCCCCCGCAUCCCCCGGCAGCACUACUGCUCCUAUGGCCAGAUCCCCCCCUUCACUCCCUUCAGCUUCCUGUCCCAGGACUCCCCCCUCCCCUCCCCCUCCGGGCCUCCAUCCUACAUGCUCCACUGCGAUGCAGGUCGGCGGCGGUUCUCUCUGGCCCAGACUGACUCUCUCCUGAUGCGGAUGCGCUCUGUAGCCAGCGACGAGCUCAACCAGAUGAUGCAGAGGAGGAUGAGCCAGGAAAACCCCAUCCGUGCCAGCGAGACGGAGUUCGUCCAGAGGCUGCAGAGGCUCGUGGUCCUCGCCGUCAACAGACUCAUUUACUACGACGUCAGCCAGGACUUAUUCGACCUGCUGAAUAUUCCGGACUCUCCAGACCAGCAGCUUUUCACGCCGGACCCGGGCGAUCAACCGCACGACGAGGGCGGCGCCACCUCCGUGCCGCACUCGCCGACGCCCUUCACUCUGCCCCCGGCCAGCAAGAAAAGCUUUCAGAAAGACAUCCUCAAACUUAUGAUGGAUGGAAUCAAAAUCAGCUUGGGCAGCACGGGCCGCAGUGGAGCUCCACAUCACCAGUGGCGACGGAUCCUCUGGUCCUGUCGGGACACUUUCCGAGUCCAAAUCGGGCGCCUGCUCGUGCACACGCUCAGCCCUGCGCUUCCCCUGUCCGACAGAAAGGAGGCGCUGGAGUUCGUGUUUGACCCCCGACAUCUAGAUAUCCUGAAAGAAAGCCUGAGUCUGAGCCCCAGCCUGGAGCACGGCCCCAAGCUGUCGCUCUACCUGUACGAGAUGCUGCACGACCACAAGGACGGCCUCAGCAGAGACGAGCAGAACGCCGUGGGUGUGUUCAUGACCUCGCUCAAGCUCUGUGGUCACCGCUGCCUCCCGCCCAACGCCCCACACAAACAAGAACUGCUGAAGGCCAUGAAAGAGGAAAAAUUCAAGUAUGAAGCAGAGGAGAAAACAAGUAAAGUUGCAUGGGAGAAGAAAAUGGCUAACACACAGAGGAAUCUUAUCCAGAGGCUGGACGGAAAGUCCAAGGACAUCUCCAAGAUCGCCGCUGAUAUCACUCAGAACGUGUCUCUGCGACAAGGAAUGGAGAGGAAGAAAGUCAUCCAGCACAUCAGGGGCCUCUACAAGACCGACCUCAGCGCCAGCCGCCACUGGCAGGAACUGGUGCAGCAGCUCACGCACGACCGUGCCGUUUGGUACGACCAGACCUCCUACCCGACAUCCUGGCAGCUGGACCCCACAGAGGGGCCGAACCGGGAGCGGCGGCGGCUCCAGAGAUGCUACCUCACCAUCCCCAACAAAUACCUGCUCAAAGACAGACGCAAGGCCGAAGACACAGUGAAGCCGCCGCUGUCCUUCCUCUUCGAGGAUAAGACUCACUCCUCCUUCUCCUCCACCGUCAAAGACAAAGCGACCAGCGAGUCCAUCAGAUUCACCAGACGGUGCGUCAGCGUUGCCCCCUCCAGGGAGACGGCAGGGGAGCUUCUACUGGGAAAGUCUGGGAUGUACUUUGUAGAGGACAAUGCUGCCGACGCGCACGACAACCAGAGUCUCCACGGCGAGACGGAGGCGCCGUCCUUCUCCUGGACGUACGAGGAGAUCAAGGAGGUGCACAAGCGGUGGUGGCAGCUGAGAGACAACGCCGUGGAGAUAUUCCUCACCAACGGCAGGACCCUGCUGUUGGCGUUCGACACCACCAAGUUUCGGGAUGACGUCUACCACAACAUCUUGACCUCUGACCUCCCCAACCUGCUGGAGCACGGAAACAUGUCGGCCCUCACGCAGCUGUGGGGCUCGGGCCAGAUCUCCAACUUCGAGUACCUGACGCACCUCAACAAGCACGCGGGCCGCUCCUUCAACGACCUCAUGCAGUACCCCGUCUUCCCCUUCAUCCUGCGGGAUUACACCAGCGAGACGCUCGACCUGCACGACCCCAACAUCUACAGAAACCUGAUCAAACCCAUUGCGGUGCAGUCGAAGGAGAAGGAGGACCGUUACGUGGAUAACUACAGGUACCUGGAGGAGGAGUACAAGAAGGGGAUACGGGAGGACGACCCCAUGCCGCCCGUGCAGCCGUACCACUACGGCUCGCACUACUCCAACAGCGGCACCGUGCUGCACUUCCUGGUCCGAAUGCCUCCUUUCACCAAGAUGUUCCUUGCCUACCAGGACCAGAGCUUUGAUAUCCCGGACCGGACGUUUCACUCCAUGAACACCACGUGGCGUUUGUCCUCCUACGAGUCCAUGACCGACGUGAAGGAGCUCAUCCCGGAGUUUUUCUACCUCCCAGAGUUCCUGGUCAACAGAGAGGGUUUUGAUUUUGGGGUUCGUCAGAAUGGCGAGAGGGUGAACCAUGUGAAUCUGCCCCCCUGGGCUCGCAACGACCCGCGCCUCUUCAUCCUGAUUCACCGACAAGCCCUGGAGUCGGACCAGGUCUCCCAGACGCUGUGCCAGUGGAUCGACCUGGUGUUCGGGCUGAAGCAGAAAGGCAAAGCUGCCGUCCAGGCCAUCAACGUCUUUCACCCAGCCACGUAUUUUGGCAUGGACGUCUCGGCGGUAGAAGACCCGGUGCAGCGCCGCGCCCUGGAGACGAUGAUCAAGACGUACGGACAGACCCCCAGGCAGCUCUUCAAUGCCUCCCACAUCAGCAGGGCGGGGCCCAAACUCCUGAUGGAGGGGGAGCUGCCGGCGGCCAUGGGCCUCCUCGUUCAUUUCGCCUUCAGAGAAACCAAAGAACAGACCAAGGAAAUCGUCUGCCCGAGCCCGCUGCCGUGGAUCAAAGGCCUGAAGUGGGGUGAAUACGUGGGCUCGCCCUCGGCUCCGGACCCGGUGGUGUGCUUCAGCCAGCCGCACGGGGAGCGGUUCGGAUCCCUGCUGGCCCUGCCGACGCGAGCCAUCUGUGGCCUGUCGCGCAAGUUCUGCCUCAUGAUGAUCUACAGCAAGGAGCAGGGUGUGCGGAGCAUGCACAGCACGGACAUCCAGUGGUCGGCCAUCUUGAGCUGGGGCUACGCCGACAACAUCCUGAGGCUGAAGAGCAAGCAGAGCGAGCCGCCGAUCAACUUCAUUCAGUGUUCGCAACUUCACCAGGUGACCAGCUGCGCCUGGGUGCCUGACGGCUGUCAGCUAUUUACGGGCAGCAAGUGUGGAGUCAUCACCGCCUACAGCAACCGCUUCACCAGCACCACGUCUUCGGAGAUGGAGGUGGAAUCUCAGGUUCACCUGUACGGACACACGGGAGAAGUCACCGGCCUGUUCGUCUGCAAACCCUACAGCAUCCUCAUCAGCGUCAGCGACGACGGCACCUGCAUCCUGUGGGACCUCAACAGACUGUGUUAUGUCCAAAGUCUCACCGGCCACAAAAGUCCGGUGACGGCCGUGUCCGCCAGCGAAACCACCGGCGACAUCGCUACAGUGUGUGACUCGGAGGGUGGAGGCAGCGACCUCCGCCUGUGGACGGUGAACGGCGACCUGAUUGGUCACGUGCACUGCAGAGAGAUCAUCUGCUCCGUGGCGUUCUCCAACCAGCCGGAGGGCGUGUCUGUCAACGUUAUCGCCGGCGGUUUGGAGAAUGGAGUUGUGAGGCUGUGGAGCACCUGGGAUUUGAAACCGGUGAGAGAGAUCACCUUCCCCAAGUCCAGCAAGCCCAUCAUCAGCCUGACGUACUCGUGCGACGGCCACCACCUCUACACGGCCAACAGCGAAGGCACGGUGAUGGCGUGGUGCCGGCGGGACCAGCAGCGCAUGAAGCUGCCCAUGUUCUACUCCUUCCUGAGCAGCUAUGCUGCAGGCUGACUGCGCGUCUGACGUUUCCUUCGGUCCACUUCUCGACACGAGGGACCCAACCCCCCCCCCCCCCUCCCACCACCACCACCUUCCUCUUUUUAGUCUUUCCUCCUCCUGCUGUCGGCGCUGACAGUCCGCAUGGCCUCAAGCUCUCUGAACCCUCGCUGACUUCUAAACAGAGCCAUCCCCAGCUGAGCUAACCGGACCGCCGCCACUCCCGGCCUCCACAACCGACCAUGAAAAUAGUAUUAUAUGUAUAUAGCUAUAUAUUUAUAAACAUACUGAGAAGGAAUGUGGACGGAUGAGAUGACUUGGACGAGGCUGCAACAGACACUUUAUAA